AUGUUCCCCACCAGGAGCCGACGGCGGCUGAAGCCGGCAGACACACAAGUGUCUGAUUUUCAGGGCAAGCGCAUACCUCUGGCCGGGAGGGAUACGUUUGCGGUAGAGUAUAAGGGGAAAUGUGCUCAACUGUCUUUGCUUGUGGCAGAGGGUAACCGAGUUAACCUUUUGGGCCUUGAUUGGUUUGAACCCCUUAGUAUUGGCAUUACUGGUGUGAACAAAGUGGAACCAACUAAAUGGGCUGUACUGUACAGUGAAUUUGCUGAUGUGUUCGGGGGUGGUCUUGGAAGAUAUAAGGGGCCCCCAGUGUCGUUUGAACUUGAUCCCGCGGUGACGCCAGUGCGCCUCAAAUAUAGGAAGGUUCCUAUCCCGCUAAAACCGAAAAUUGAAGCUGAGCUAGACAAGCUCAUUGAGCAGGGGGUGUUAGAGCCAGUCCCAUUCAGCAAAUGGGAAACACCUAUUGUAACCCCAGUUAAACCGGACGGAUCAGUGCGUAUAUGUGCUGACUAUAAAUGCACAAUAAAUCGAGCAUUACAGCAGCACUCAUACCCUGUACCGGUGAUUAGCCAUGUUUUGGCUUCAUUGGGAGGGGGGAAGGUGUUCGCAAAAUUUGACCUUGCCCAGGCUUAUCAGCAGCUCCCAGUGACUAAGGAAGCUGCUGAAGCACAAACGAUAGUAACUCACAGGGGGGCUUUCAGAGUAAAUAGACUUCAGUUUGGAGUAAAUGUUGCCCCCGGGAUUUUCCAGGGACUCAUGGAAGGGUUACUGAGAGGGGUGCCAGGAACGGUCCACUAUUUCGACGACGUUCUUAUUGCUGGGAGGUCUGAUGAAGAACUCUUGCGCAGAGUCAGAGAAGUGCUCAAGCGCUUCAGUAAGGCUGGGUUAAAGGUAAAGCAGUCAAAAUGUCUGAUUGGGGUUCCUAGCGUGGAAUUCCUAGGUUUCAGGAUUGACCAAGAUGGAGUGCACUCCACCGAUGACAAGGUGCGGGCCAUUCGUAGUGCCUCAAGCCCUAAGAAUAAAAAAGAGCUGCAAUCAUUCCUGGGGCUGCUCAAUUUUUACCACGCCUUCCUUCCACACAAGGCGUCGGUAGCGGCUCCAUUGCAUGCACUCCUACACAAGGACGCAAAAUUGCGGUGGGGUGCCGAGCAACAAGGGGCGUUUGAAAGUGUGAAAGCUUUACUGUCAUCUAAUGCUGUUUUGACACACUACGAUGAUACGAAACUGUUGGUAUUGGCGGCGGACGCCUCCCCAUUUGGAGUGGGGGCCGUCCUGAGCCACGACGGACGGGAAGCUCCCGUCGCGUUCUACUCAAAAUCACUGACCGAUGCCGAAAAAAACUAUGCACAAAUUGAUAAAGAGGGACUGGCGCUGGUAUCGGCAGUGAAGAAAUUUCAUGACUUUUUGUACGGCCGACAUUUCCUGCUAGUAACGGACCACAAACCGUUACUCGGGAUCUUUGCCCCGGACCGGCAACUCCCGAACAUUAUGUCGGCCCGUAUGCUCCGUUGGGCCCUGUUCUUGUCAGCGUAUGACUACGACUUGGAGCACCGACCGGGUAAGGCCAUCGGACACGCGGACACUUUAAGUCGCUGCCCUCUGCCCGGCCGGGAUUUGGAUCCAGCACCAGCGUGCUCCGUUUUGGCCCUCGAGGAGCUUCCACAGGCUCCUGUUACAGCAAGAGACAUUGCCGCUGCGUCGGCUAAGGACACUGUACUCUCCAGAGUUUUAAACUGGGUUUGGAGGGGGUGGCCGUUGGGAGCUGUGGAGCCGGAAUUUCGAAAUUUCAAAGCGCGCCAAAAUGAGUUAUCUGUUUCAAAAGGCUGUCUGUUAUGGGGGAACAGGGUGGUGGUGCCCAAAUCCCUACAUCAGAAAGUGCUGAAAUCGCUUCAUGAGGGCCAUCCAGGCAUGGUCCACAUGAAGGCACUGGCCCGCGGCUAUGUGUGGUGGCCCAGGCUGGAUGCCGAAAUAGAAGACUGGCAAGUGUAUGCUCGAAAUUAUGCCAGUGGUCACUUGUGGCUCCCAGCCACUAUUGUUGAUAUGAUUGGGUCACAUAUGUAUGUGUGGAAAUUUUUCAUGGCAUGGAAUUACAGUGAUAAAUCCACAGAUGCAGCUAAUUUGAAUGGCUCCAGUGUGGAACCACCCCCAGCCCUUCAUUCUCUCCUUCAAGAUCGCUUUGCUGUCUACUCAGUAAAUGAUUGUUCCUCGUAUACUUCAGGAGAGUACUAA